AUGCAACGUAACCCAGACCGGCCCCCCUGCACGAACUGCCAGAACGAGGCCGUGAUCAACAAGGGGGUGGUCUGCGAGAUCUUGCCUCGUAAAAAGCAUCGCCCUCGCGUUUCGCGCCGGAAGGAUGGAGAGCCGAGAAAUGGUAUCCCAAGCGCGUAUCAGUCCGGGGCUGCCGAGUCCACGUCCGUGGAGGUAGAAGAAGAGCCGCUCCCUGACGAUAGCGCUCAUACCUACAUCGGGGACAAUCGUGGUCCAAGGCAGUCUGUCUAUGAUCUAUGCCAUCCGCGCGUUCCGCAGGAAGCCCAUACAUCGCCUAACGCCUUGACAGCGGGGAAUAUCUCGAACCGGAGGACUGUCUUCCAGCCCCAUGAGUUGGAAUACAUCUCGCAGCAGGGCGGAUUCUCGUGGCUUCCGCGCAAUGUGUCCGACGCAUUGGUGCGGUGCUAUUUUGCUCAUGUGCAUUUCUUCCUACCAGUGCUCGAACCAUCCAAGUUCCUUGAUGCAUACACGACCAAGGAAAACCAGGAUAUGAACCUGCUACUUUUGUGGAGUGUAUUUCUCGCAGCCACCAACUUUGUCGAAGCGGAUGUCCUGCAGCAAGCGGGCUUCUCGUCGCGAAAGGCCAUGAAGCGGGCCAUGUAUAAGCGGGCAAAAUGUUUUUACGAUAUCGAUCACAGCUCGGAUACUCUCACCCUAAUCCAGUCCGUGCUCCUGCUGAGCUACUGGUAUAGCGAUGCCCAAGAGCAUACGGGAGCAUCAUACUGGAUUGGAAUCGCUAUUACACUGGCCCAAAGUAUUGGAUUGCAUCGCGAUCCUAACACGCAAUCUCGGAAUAUCAGCCAUUCACAGGUAGAAGGGAAGCGGCAUCUGACCUGCCGUCUUUGGUGGACCUGCGUGAUCCGUGACCGAUGGGUCUCGCUAGCCAAGGGCCGACCCAUGCGCAUCCACGAUGAAGAUCAUGAUGUUAAGUUGCCUGUCAUGAGCGAUAUCCUGAAUGAAUUCCAUACCGUUUCGCCCGAAGCUCAGCGACAAUUCCUUCCUCCAGACCUAGACAAACUCGCAGACAUCUGGAUCAGUCUGGUCAAAAUUAGUGAUACCCUGGGCCGGAUCUUGCGGAUGCACUACCGCCUGAAGGGUCCUAAGCCCGGUGUUAACGAUAUUGAUUCAUUGUUCCAUGAAUUAUAUGCGUGCCAGCCUCCUCCUCUGAGUGCAUUGCUUGACACAAGCGAUAUUGUUCGACUUCAUGAUUGCCAUAUUCAGAUUUUCCAUCAGGCUGCCCUGACAGUUCUCUAUCGACCGUAUGUUUUGAAUGCGCCCGCGUCGUUCCCAGAGAAUUCAUCCUCGGCAUGGCAGAAGAUGGUCCAAGGCCGAGCCCGAGCGGCUGCAUCCACUACCAACGCCUUCCUCGAGCGGAUCAUCGAACUCGAUGCCGUCAAAAAAAUCAAGCCGAUGUUUAUCACGUCAUUAAUCCCCGCCAUGCAAAUUCACCUCUUUGAUUGCAAGGCCGGCAACGCACUCCAAGCCAACCUCGGCCAGAACAAGCUCCAGCUCUGCAUGCUUAUUUUAGACAAUUUGCGGGACACAUACUGGAGCGCGGGCGUCAUGUUUCGACUCUUCGACCGAGCCCAAAAGAUUCUUCUCAGCCAAGGCAAUGACAGCGGCCCCCUGGCUUCUAGAAACCUUGACUCCCCUUCGAUGGCCACGCCAGCCCCACCGCCAGCCCCAGUGGGCCAGGAUCAUGUGAAUACGAGUCCAACGGACAGGGUGAUACCGCAGUUCGACCAUUUUCCUUCGCACGGCGCACCGCCUAUAUCUUUAGGCGGUGGCAUGCUUCAUCCUAACACCAUGCCCGGCCCCGAUUUCAAUGCCGUUGAGCAGAUCCUCAGUCCCGGUUUCUAUCUAUCUGAUGUCGAUACCCAAUCACUUCUUAUGAACUAUUCAGCCCAUCCAGCUGAUGGAGGGUUUCCUGCGAAUUAUUAUGAUAUCCAAUGA